AAUCUUGGUAAGUACUCGUAUAAAAUAAACAAGAACACUCCAAAACUCCAAUCAUCCAAAAUCAAUUAUCCACCACCGCCAACCGGAGCAAACAACAAUGAGCAACGAAUACGAUUAUCUUUUCAAACUGUUGCUGAUUGGUGACUCUUCCGUCGGUAAAUCAUGCCUUCUCCUCCGUUUCGCUGAUGAUUCUUAUGUGGAUAGUUACAUAAGCACCAUUGGAGUUGAUUUUAAAAUUCGAACGGUAGAGCUGGAUGGAAAAACGAUCAAGCUGCAGAUUUGGGAUACGGCUGGCCAGGAGCGGUUUCGUACGAUAACAAGCAGUUACUACCGAGGAGCACAUGGAAUAAUUAUAGUGUACGAUGUCACUGAGAUGGAGAGCUUCAACAAUGUGAAGCAAUGGCUGAGUGAAAUUGAUAGAUAUGCAAAUGAGUCAGUCUGCAAACUUCUUGUUGGAAACAAAUGUGAUCUAGUGGAGAACAAGGUUGUCGACACACAAACAGCUAAGGCAUUUGCAGAUGAGCACGGGAUCCCUUUCCUUGAAACAAGUGCAAAAGACUCGGUUAAUGUGGAACAAGCUUUCUUGACAAUGGCUGCUGAGAUCAAGAAAAAAAAGGGCAACCAGCCAAGUGGAAGCAAGUCAGAGACCGUUCAAAUCAAAGGGCAGCCAAUUGAGCAGAAGAGCAAUUGUUGCGGUUAAUAGUCUCUUGUAUUUCCGAUUGAGGUCCAAAGUUACAGUAAAAUGUGUUUCGCUUUGUAAAAUGUUGCAAAUGUUUAACGAACUUUGUGAACUUUCUCGUAAUCAUCUGGUUCUAACUUCUAAGUCA